CCUGUCAGGGCACAAGAACAUCGUGGGUUACAUUGAUUCUAGUAUCAACAAUGUGAGUAGCGGCGACGUAUGGGAAGUUCUCAUUCUGAUGGACUUCUGUAGAGGAGGCCAAGUGGUAAACCUGAUGAACCAGCGCCUACAGACAGGUUUUACAGAGAGUGAAGUGCUCCAGAUAUUUUGCGAUACUUGUGAAGCCGUUGCCCGCCUGCAUCAAUGCAAAACUCCUAUUAUCCACCGUGACCUGAAGGUUGAAAAUAUCCUCUUGCAUGACCGAGGCCACUAUGUCCUGUGUGACUUUGGAAGUGCCACCAACAAAUUUCAGAAUCCACAAACUGAGGGAGUCAAUGCAGUAGAAGAUGAGAUUAAGAAAUACACAACGCUGUCCUAUCGAGCACCAGAAAUGGUCAACCUGUACAGUGGCAAAAUCAUCACUACGAAGGCAGACAUUUGGGCUCUUGGAUGUUUGUUGUAUAAGCUAUGCUACUUCACUUUGCCAUUUGGGGAGAGUCAGGUGGCAAUUUGUGAUGGAAACUUCACAAUUCCUGAUAACUCUCGGUAUUCUCAAGACAUGCAUUGCCUAAUUAGGUAUAUGUUGGAACCAGACCCCGACAAAAGGCCAGAUAUUUACCAGGUCUCCUACUUCUCAUUUAAACUACUCAAGAAAGAAUGCCCAAUUCCAAAUGUACAGAACUCUCCCAUUCCUGCAAAGCUUCCCGAACCAGUGAAAGCCAGUGAGGCAGCUGCAAAAAAGACUCAGCCAAAGGCCAGACUGACAGAUCCCAUUCCCACCACAGAGACUUCAAUUGCACCCCGUCAGAGGCCUAAAGCUGGGCAGACUCAGCCAAACCCAGGAAUCCUUCCCAUCCAGCCAGCCCUGACACCUCGGAAGAGGGCAACGGUUCAGCCCCCACCCCAGGCUGCAGGACCCAGCAAUCAGCCUGGCCUUCUAGCUAGUGUUCCCCAACCAAAAACCCAACCCCCACCCAGCCAGCCUCUGCCACAAUCUCAGGCCAAGCAGCCACAGGCUCCACCCACCCCACAGCAGACGCCUUCCACUCAGGCCCAGGGUCUGCCCACUCAGGCCCAAGCCACACCCCAGCACCAGCAGCAACUCUUCCUCAAGCAGCAGCAGCCACAGCAGCAGCCACAGCAGCCACCGCCACCAUCACAGCAGCCGGCGGGCGCAUUCUACCAGCAGCAGCAGCAGCAGGCCCAGACUCAGCAGUUUCAAGCUGUACAUCCAGCGACCCAACAGCCAGCGAUUGCUCAGUUCCCUGUAGUGUCUCAAGGAGGCUCUCAACAGCAGCUGAUACAGAACUUCUACCAGCAGCAACAGCAGCAGCAGCAACAGCAGCUGGCCACAGCCCUGCAUCAACAGCAGCUGAUGACUCAGCAGGCUGCCUUGCAGCAAAAGCCCGCUCUGGCCGCAGCACAGCAGCCCCAGGUGCAGCCUGCUGCAGCGUCGCAGCCAGCCCCUGCCCAGGAGCCAGCGAUUCAAGCCCCAGUAAGACAACAGCCAAAGGUUCAGACAACUCCACCUCCUGCCGCCCAGGGGCAGAAACUUGGAUCUCUCACUCCUCCAUCAUCCCCCAAAACCCAACGUGCUGGCCAUAGGAGGAUUCUUAGUGAUGUAACCCAUAGUGCAGUCUUUGGGGUCCCAGCCAGCAAGUCAACCCAGCUGCUCCAGGCAGCUGCAGCCGAGGCCAGUCUCAACAAGUCCAAGUCUGCAACUACCACUCCGUCAGGCUCUCCUCGGACCUCCCAACAAAAUGUCUAUAAUCCUUCAGAAGGUUCUACAUGGAAUCCCUUUGAUGAUGACAAUUUCUCUAAACUCACAGCUGAAGAACUGCUAAACAAGGACUUUGCCAAGCUGGGGGAAGGCAAACAUCCUGAGAAGCUCGGAGGCUCAGCUGAGAGUUUGAUCCCAGGCUUUCAAUCAACCCAAGGGGACGCUUUUGCCACGACCUCAUUUUCUGCUGGAACCGGUCUCCAGAGAGAGUCCAAUCCCUGUCCUGUAAUAACUGUAGAGCACUUUAAAGAAUCGACGGGUGUUAAAGGCCUUCCCCUGUAUGCAGACCCCUCCAGAGUACCUGGCGCAAAGACUCAGAACAACUUAGAAUCUGACUACUUGGCCAGAGAUGGCCCUUCAAGCAACAGCUCGUUCCACAGCAGCGAAGAAGAAGGGACUGACCUUGAGGGAGACAUGCUAGACUGCAGUGGGUCUCGACCUCUCCUUAUGGAGUCCGAAGAAGAAGAUGAGAGCUGCAGGCCACCCCAGGGGAAGCUGGGGGGAGCCAUUCCAUUCACUCCACCAGAAGUCUCUACUGAGCAAGCAAAGACAGUACAAGGUGGAAGAAAGAACCAAUUCCAAGCCCUCACACAACCAGCCAAUGAUGGUCUCGGUGAGCCAGAUGUUUUUGCCACAGCCCCCUUCAGGAGCUCAAGGCUUCCAACUGAGGACAUGGACAUUUUCUCCAAAGCCCCAUUUGUCUCCAAGGGCAAUGUGGCUUCUUCCCAGCCGGAGGAGGCAGAUGUGUUUUUGAGAGCUCCUUUUACUAAGAAGAAAAGCAUGGAGGAGUUAACAGUUGUGCAGAGCACCUCCCAGGAGUUGCCUACACAGGCUAGCCUCCUGAGUCAGACAGGUGACGUCCCUUUGCUCUCAGGCCUUGAGAGAGCUGUGUACCCCUCUGUCCGAGCUCAGUAUUCUAUGGCUGGUUUUGUGCAACAGUCUAACCUCCCCUCCCAUUCUGUGCAAGCAGCAGACCAUCUUGACAGCAUCUCUCCCAGGGGUUCCUCCCUGGAACCUGGGGGCCAUCCUAAUGACAGAAAUAAAGGACCUCAGCUCCAGAAAGAAGGUGUGUCAGGCCCAGUGGCUGGCAAACCAUUCCGCCCCCAGUCCUUAUCCAAAUAUUCCCGUCACUAUAGCCCAGAAGAUGAGCCAAGUCCAGAAGCCCAGCCCAUUGCUGCCUACAAAAUUGUUUCACAAACCAACAAGCAGUCAAUAGCUGGCUCUGUUUCCAUCACACCCCUUUCCUCCAGGACUACGGAGCUGCCAGCUGCUGAUCCUUUCGCUUUAGCACCCUUCCCUUCAAAAUCAGGCAAGCAGAAACCUUAGGAGCAAUACCUGAGCCUUAGGCCUCUGUCUCCCCCGAUCCUCAGUCCCCACCAACCACAUCACUCCCAGCUGAGCCUUUCCAAGAAGAAAUAUUAUCAAUUACCUUUUAAUUCCCUGCAUCAGAGCAGAACUUCUUCAGUCAGUAAACUCAAUUGCAGUGAUACUUAGUUGAAGCCCCUUUAGUUAUGUUCGUUUCUUUUGUUUAUGUUGAUUUAUGGAUUUUCAGACAUUUCCAUCUCCUUCAUGGGAGUCUUCCACCUCCACCCAGAACUCUGCUUUUUUUGGCCCAGAAACUGUUUUCAUCCAGAAAUACUUCACCCCAAUCCCAAAGGGGCCAUAUUACUGCUAGUUUUAAUUCCUGUGGCUCCUGUUCUAAGUCAUACCCAUUGAAGAAUCAACAUUAGUCCCUCCAGGGCUUGAUUUAAUACUCUUGGAAACGGGAGAUUUCUGGAAAGAAGAGCAAGAUAAAAAUCCUGCAUAUCAAGACGAAGUAUAAUCCUGCAGCUACUAAUCAUUCCUUUAGAGCCCACAGCUCUAGAAGGAGUCUCUGGAUCUGUUGGAGUCUGUGUGCAAGCCGGGCUGGCCCUUGUGCAUGCAAGCGUGUG